AUGCUGAUAUGGCUCCUCAGACUGCUACACGGCUCCCUGGUCCUUCCAGCCGUGCUUUGGGUUGAAGCCGGGCUUGAGCACGCCGAGGAGUCCUCGAAGGCCUUCAUUCGCGAGUCAUUCGGCGUGUUCAACCGCUGCUUCGAUGGGGCCGGCGCCUGGGUGCUGUCCGUCCUCGACGCAAGCUAUGCAGGCGCGUGCCGAUGUGGCGGCGCAACAGACGAGACGCAGCGAGGUACCUGGCGGCAGCAGCAGGCAUGGCAGCACUGGUGGCGGGAGGACCGCACCAGCACGCUGAACGCGGUGGUGGCCAAUGCGCAGCACAAGGGCCUGCACAGGGUCGGCUCCGUGCGCAGCGGCCGCAGCAAAAGCGCCGGCGGCGAGGCACCCAAAGCGGGCAGUGGCAGCCUUGGGGACGGGGCUGAGCAGCGCUCCUCGGAGCCGUCGGGGCGGCAGCAGCGGAGCUGGCCGCUGUCAGGGCUCCUCCCGCGGCGCAUCAGCAGCGAGGGCGCCAGGACCAGCCUGGAUGGAGGUGCGGGCGGCGGGUGCACAGCUGCUGUGAAGCAGCAGCAGCAGCAGCAGCAGCAGCAGCAGCAGCAGCAGCAGCAGCAGCAGCAGCAGCAGCAGCAGCAGCACGAGGAGGAGCAGCAGCAACAACCCCAGGAACUGCCCCAGGCGCCGCCCUCCGUCUGCCCGCAGCCACAGGAGGGGCAGCCGCGCGCCCCCCCGCGCCCCUCCCCGCUGUCCCGCCAGUCGUGGCGCGAGGCGCGCCGCGACUACCUGAAGCGCCGCGAGGAGCGCACCGCCGCCUUCGAGGCGGCGGGGUGGUGGGGCGUGCACGAGGCGCUCAACCGCAAGGGGCUGCUGGAGGACCUGGGCCUGGCCCUGGAGGUCGGCGUGACGCGCGCCUUUGACGGCACCCGCUGGCUGCUGCGCGCGCUCACGCUCGCCAGGGCCACAGCCGACGGCGCCGUGGGCGUGCGGCCUCGGGGCGCGCCGCGGCACCGCGGGCCGCGGGAGGGGCGCGCGGCGGCGGGCGGGGCGCGCGGGGAGGAGGGGCCGGCGGCUGGGCGAGAGGCGGGGACGCUGCAGCUGCGUGGGCGGCGCCCGUCCAAGGACAAGCAGGGCGGCGACGGCGGCGACGGCGGCGACGGCGGCGACAGCGGCGAGUCUUUGGCGGACGAGAGCCACGCGGGCCGCCCCAUGACCACGCUGCGGCGCACGCGCAGCGUGGGGCGCUUUGACCACACACCCUGGGCGCUGCCCUGGGAAAACGGCGGCGGCGGCUGGGCGGGCGGCGACGACUGCGAGUCGCCCGCGGCGCACGUCAUACGCAUGGCCGGCUACCCCCUCGAGACGUACACCGUGGUGACUGAGGACGGCUACGUGCUGCGCAUGGAGCGCAUACCACGCCCAGGGGCGCACGAUGUGGCAUUCUUCUUGCACGGCAUCCUGGACACCUCCCUAACCUGGGUGUCGGCCGGCGUCACCGGCAGCCAGGCCUUUGCGGCCUGGGACCAGGGCUUUGACGUGUGGCUGGCCUCGUCACGCAGCAACCCCCCGCGCGUGGCCACCAGUGAGCCACAGCACCGCAGCCGCACUUUUCGCGCGCGGCCGAGGCUUGCAGCUGAGUGA